GUGGAGUAAUGGUGUCCACUGCCAUUUUGAAUUCUGUGUAACUUUUUUUCAAUGGAUGCCCUCAGUUUACCACACAAACCACUGUUUUGUUUUAUUUGCAACAUUUUUGUGCUGCUGCCUGUCUUGAGCAGGGCUCCCUUGAAAAAGAGAUUUCUAAUCUCAAUGGGACCUUCCCUGGUUAAAUAAAGGUUAAAUAAUAAUAAUUUAAAAAUAUAUAUAUAUAUAUUCUACUGCAUCACAGGUGUGAAGCCACAAUCAGUGAGUGCAGAUUCUCCACUGCCAUUUAGUAUUGUGUGUAUUUUUCUUAUCAGGGGAUGCCCUCUGUUCACCCUGAGCGUGUGUGUGUGUGUGCGUGUGUUUGUGCGUGUGCGUGUGUGUUUUUGUGCGUGUGUGUGUGUGUGCGCGUGCGCGUGUAAACAUGCAUUUUAUGGCUGUUUGGUGAUCUGUACUGUAACGCUGCUGGUAUGAAAGGGAGACGGGGGUUCUUUGGACUACACAGGGUCAUGUGAGAGACAGGAAGUGAUGUACAGUGUCAUGUGAGAGACAGCAAGUGAUGUACAGCGUCAUGUGAGAGACAGCAAGUGAUGUACAGGGUCAUGUGAGAGACAGGAAGUGAUGUACAGGGUGAUGUGAGAGACAGGAAGUGAUGCACAGGGUCACAAGGGGGACAGGAAGCAAAAGGGUGACACCAGAGCGAGGGGCAGGUGAGAGUGUGUGCCUGUUCGCUCAGACUGAGCUGCGGGGCAGGAGGAGCUCAGGAAGGCGUUCCACAGUCCAGUCGAAGGAGCUGAACCUGUGUGCCAGUGUGCUGGAGAGGUCACCAGCAGCACAAACGUGUCCAUUAACAAAGCCAGCUUUCAAGAUGUGGGCCUGAUGGAGUCCACUUCCUGUCCUGCGGACAAAGGCAGGAAGUGAAGCCGGAGGAGGGGGAAAGGGUGGAAACCAAAGAGAACGGAGGACCUGAACGUGAGCCUCAGGAGUUCUCUGAAACAAACCCACCAUGUUUGGGCGAAAGAGGAGAGUCGUGGACAAGGAGGCAGGCAGAAUCUCGCCGUUCCUAAUCAGGAGGAAGCAGACGGGGGUGUGUGAGGCGUACCAGCUGUCCCAGCUGAGGAUCGUGCUGCUGGGGGAGAGCGGGGCGGGGAAGAGCUCGGCGGGGAACGCCAUCCUGGGCCGGGAGGUCUUCCGGGUUGGGGGCGGGACGGGGCGGAGCCUGCGGGGAAAGGGGGAGGUGGAGGGGCGGGAGGUGAGUGUGAUUGACACCCCGGGGUGGGGAGGCCCGGCGGGGGAGCCAGCGGAGGCGGUGAGGCGGGAGCUUCGGCGCAGCCUCUCGCUGUGCCCCUGGGGGCCCCACGCCUUCCUGCUGGCGGUGCCGGUGGCCUGGAGCCUGUUCAGCGAGCCCCAGCGGCGGGAGGCCCAGGACCACCUGGAGCUCUUCGGAGACGGGGUGUGGAGGCACACCAUCCUGCUCUUCACCCAGGCCGACCGGCUGGGCGACGCCCCCGUCCAGCAGCAGGUGGAGCGGAGGGGGCGGGACCUCCAGAGGCUGGCGGAAGCGUGCGGGGGCAGGUGCCACGCCCUCUCCAGCAGGGCCACGCCCGCUCAGGCCCGGCAGGUGACCCAGCUGCUGGAGAAGAUCGAGAGGAUGGUGGUGGCCAAUGACGGCUGGCACUACAAGCCCCAAACUCCGCCCCUGGGUGAGUGGGAGGGGGAAGGGGAGGGGGGACCGCAGAGGAGGGUCAGCGAGGGGGAGGAGGCCCUGAGACUGCGGCUGGAGGAGAAGGAGAGGGAGGUGGAGGAGGCGAGGAGGAGUUACAAGCUGAAAACCCAGGAGCAAGAGGAGGAGCAGAGGAACAGGGAAGAGGAGUACAAACUGAUCUUUGAGGAGCAGCAGAGGAACAGGGAAGAGGAGUACAAACUGAUCUUUGAGGAGCAGCAGAGGAACAAGGAAGAGGAGUUAAAACUGACUUUUGAGGAGCAGCAAAGGAACAGGGAAGAGGGGUUAAAACUGACUUUUGAGGAGCAGCAGAGGAACAAGGAAGAGGAGUACAAACUGAUCUUUGAGGAGCAGCAGAGGAACAGGGAAGAGGAGUUAAAACUGACCUUUGAGGAGCAGCAAAGGAACAGGGAAGAGGAGUACAAACUGAUCUUUGAGGAGCAGCAGAGGAACAGGGAAGAGGAGCUAAAACUGAUCUUUGAGGAGCAGCAGAGGAACAGGGAAGAGGAGCUAAAACUGACUCUUGAGGAACAGCAAAGGAACAGGGAAGAGGAGUUAAAACUGAUUUUUGAGGAGCAGCAGAGGGACAAGGAAGAGGAGUACAAACUGAUCUUUGAGGAGCAGCAGAGGAACAGGGAAGAGGGGCUAAAGCUGAGCUUUGAGGAGUGGCAGAGGGACUGGGAAGAGGAGCUAAAACUGAUCUGUGAGGAGCGGCAGAGGAACAGGGAAGAGGAGUUAAAACUGAUCUUUGAGGAGCAGCAGAGGGACAGGGAAGAGGCAUUGAAAAUAAACUUUGAAGGGUCUAGGCAAAGGGAAGAUGUGGUGAGGGAGGAGUGGAGAAAAGGGGAAGAGGACCUGAGGAUGAGGAUGAAAGGGGAGGAACAGACGCAGGUGCAGAGUGAGCGAGGAGCCUCGGCUGGGGAGGUGCAGAAAGUGAGAAAGGAGAAGAGGAGGAGAGACAGGGAGGAGAAGGAGCAGUUUUUCAUGAAGCCCUGUCUCCACCCUGUUGCCAUGACACUGGGGGCAGUCAUCGGUGCUGCUGUAGGGGCGUUUAGGGGGGCGGUGGGGGGAGCUGGGGCAGGAGCAGCAAUAGGGGCUGCAGUAGGAGCCCAGCUCAUGGCUGUGCUGGGGGGGAGGGGGGACCGGGCACCCCAAAAAGAGAAAUGCAAAUCCCCACAAAUACCCACCACGCAGGGCUGACUCCGCAGUCAGACCUUGAGUACAGAGACAGUUCUGUGUGCAGUGUCUGUAUCCCACAAAAUAUUCUAAUACUGUAUAAGCAAAACAUUUUUAAAAGAUGAAUAUGUUGGGGUUAAGGGCAUGAUGCACCAAUAUGGUCUUAUAAAUGUUAUGUGUUUGAAUCGUAUGUGUCUUCACUUGUGAAUGUGAUGAUAUGAUAGUGUAUGUUGUGAAAGUUGUAAAAUUGUGUUCUUUAAGAUUAUUUUCUAUGUGUGCUUAAGAGGGCACUGCUGGAGUGCCAGAGUAAAUGUAUGUAUGUCCUGAAAUAUAUCAAAAUAUUUAAUGUAGUUAUUUGUAUAUAACAAAAAAAACCGCCAGUAUAAUAUAGUAUAAUCUAACCAAAAUACCGCCAGUAUAAUCUUACCAAAAUACCGCCAGUAUAAUCUUACCAAAAUACCGCCAGUAUAAUCUAACCAAAAUACCACCGGAGUUCAAAAGUUCUGACCAUAAUGCCUAGUUCCAGCUGAAGUCCAGCAGAUUUGCCCUUCUUAAUCAUGACAAACAACCAAACAAUUUGAAAUUGAUACUUUUAAUUAAUUUAAUUCAGUUUUAUUUGUUGAAAAGUUAGGAUCAUCACAUUAAUGAACAUCACAAUAAGCAAUCUUUAGGAUUUGUUUUAGAAAAUGAUUGUAUUUACAACAUUAGACUUGAUAAACACACCAGUGAUGCAACUGAUUGUCAAAAAGAAAUUAACAUUUCCCAAAUUGCCCUGUGAAACUUUUUUAAUUGAAAUAAAUUUUGUGGGGAUGGGUCACAUUCAAAUAAUUAUGAUUUUAUUUACUAGACAGAAACACAAACAUUUGGGUAUCAGAUUUCUGUGCUGUCAACUUAUUUGAUUUACUCCUCACAACAAUAAAGGUGAAAAGUUAUUGGCUUAGA